AUGCAUGAUCAGAGGUCCCCAGCACAGAAAGGGUGUGAAAGAAGUAUUUACCCAUCUGAUCAUUCAGUCCAUGGUGAAGAUAAUUCCAAUCCUCAUACUGUCUUUGGGUUAUCUAAACACUGGUUAAACAGAAGUGGCAGAAAAGAUGAAGAUGAUGAUGAUGGGGAGGCUUCACAAGGAAGAGGAACACGAACAUACGAUGGUUUUAGUGAAACACAGACAGAAUCUCAGGUUGUUAGUUAUGAAGAUGAUUUAUCAGGAAGGCAAAGGCUUAUAGAUAGAGUCCGAACUAGAAGUAGCAUGCAGUGA